CGCAGGGCGGCGGCGGGCGCAGCCGGGACGCGCACGACGUUGACAGGGUGAUGCCAGCUUGAUCCAGAGCCAUGUCCAGGUACCUGAAGCACUUCACGGUGGUGGGGGACGACCCCGUGCAGUGGAGCAAUGACUAUCAGAAAUGGGAGGAGGAGGAGGAGGAGGCUGGGGAGAAGCAGCCAGAUUCGGAGAUCAAGCUGGAGCCCACCAGGAGCCGGAUCUCCUUCCAGGACAUGAUGAAAAAGCUCUUCAGCUCCCACAGGUUUCAGAUCCUGGUUGUCUGCUUGGUUAUCCUGGAUGCAUUGUUGGUCCUCGGAGAAUUGCUUAUGGACUUGAAAAUUAUCCAUCCAGACAAAUAUAAUAUAACCCCAAAGGUUUUCCACUACCUCUCCCUUUCCAUUCUAACCAUCUUCCUGGUUGAGGUGGGGUUUAAAGUCUUCGUCUACCGCCGGGAGUUCUUCCACCACAAGUUCGAAGUGCUGGAUGGGAUCGUCGUCAUCGUGUCGUUCAUCCUUGACAUCGUCCUCAUCUUCCGGGAGCACGAGUUUGAAGCUGUUGGGCUCCUGAUACUCCUGCGGCUGUGGCGGGUGGCCAGGAUUAUCAACGGAAUCAUUUUAUCGGUAAAGACCCGCUCUGAACAACAAGUGUCCAAGCUAAAGCAAGCAAACCUGAAACUUGCGACAAAGGUUGAACAACUGGAACGCAGCUGCGUAGAGAAGGAGCAAGAAAUUGAGAGGCUUAACAUGAUAUUAAAACAGCACGGACUCAUCAGCGAGCAAAAAUAGGAGGCCAAUUUUCCGAGGUGGGGAAGUCUGCCCUGGAGAGUGCAGUGUUGGCAUCUACCAGUUUGACCUGAAAGGUUUUCCUGUCUCUUUGCUUUCUCUUGUAUAGUGUUGUCUAUAAACAUUUUCUAUUUGACCACGCUGUGAUUAGACCUUGGGAUUGCAAAAAUAGUUUUGCUGGAAAAUUAAUCACGCAUACUCCCUGUAAACAGUGAUUUCAUAAGACCUUUCUUGUACAGUUGUACAGUCAAAACCACAAAAUAAUUUAAUAAAGACACAUCUUUACAAGCUA